AUGAAAGCCGGUCGUGAUGCGCGCUUCUCCUUGGGUUUUAAACGAAAAUGUUACACCGAGGCGCAGAAAGAAAAGCCAAGAAAUUGUUUGUCGACAAGUCGUUAUCGCGGCGCGGAAGAUCCGAAACCCUGGAAGCUCAAAAAGAGGGUCCGGGAGCGAGCAGGGAAACCGAUCCUGCAGGUGUCCCUGAUCAUCGUCUGCCCCCAUCAUCGUCACUACCAUAAACACCGAUCUCGUUGCCGCAAGCCUCCCGUCGGCAUCGGCUGCUCCGUUCUCUUCAACAUGGUCGCCGCACGCGCUUGGUCUAGUCUCCCUGCUCCACGCGCUGGCAUUCGCACUCUGCCAGCGACUCUGCCGCGAUCCACCUUCUCAUCCUCUGCGCGAGUCCGCAGCGCAUCCACGCCGCUCAAUGAAGCUGCCGGAGCUGCGCUCCCCAAGAAGGCAGGCAUCAUCCGCAAGACCCUCCGCUUCACAGGCUACACCGUCGGCUCCAUCGUCUUUGGCCUCACCGCAGCCACCGGCAUCAUCCUCGCACACGAUGCCCUCACCUACCGCGAAGCACACGUCGGAAACGUCCCACUCAACCCGCUGGCGCUUUCUCCCAAGACCGGUGGUCCCAAGAAUCUGCCCAUUCUCUCGUCCUAUCCUGAGGAUGAGCAGGAUGAGAUCAGCAAGAAGCUGGCCGAAAAGGAGAGGCUCGUCAUCGUGGGAGGUGGCUGGGCAGCUGUCGGGUUGCUCAAGUCGCUCGAUCCUGAAAAGUACAACGUCACCCUGAUCUCGCCCAACAACUACUACCUCUUCAACCCGCUGCUUCCUUCCGCUGCUGUUGGCACCGUCGAACCCAGAUCGCUCAUCGAACCUAUCCGCAAACUCCUCGCUCGCGUCCACGGACACUACAUCCAAGGCUUCGCCACCGACGUCGUCAUGGGCGAAGACGCACUGCAGAACACCGGCUCCGAGCGCCUUCUCGAAGUCAACGUCAUCAGCGGCGACGACUGGGAUGGCGAGACCCUCUGCGGCGGCGGCACCGGCUCCGAACGCAAGGAGACCGUCGGCAAGAGCAUCUACGUACCCUACGACCGCCUCAUCGUCGCCGUCGGCAGCGUCACCGCCAACCACGGCGUCCCCGGACUCGAGAACUGCUUCCACCUCAAGACCAUCGGCGACGCACGCAAGAUCCGCUCGCACAUCCUCGACAACCUCGAGAUCGCCGCGCUCCCCACCACCUCGGAGCAGGAACGCAAGCGGCUGCUCAGCUUCGUCGUCUGCGGCGGUGGUCCCACGGGCGUCGAGACGGCGGCAGAGAUCUCGGACAUGAUCAACGAGGACGUGUUCGACUACUUCCCCAAGGUGCUCCGCUCCCAGGCGCAGGUUCACCUGAUCCAGUCGCGCGAGCACAUCCUCAACACCUACUCUGAGAAGAUCUCCGAGUACGCUGAAGCCAAGUUCGCCAGGGAUGCGGUCGACGUCAUCGUCAACGCCCGCGUCAAACGCGUCGAACCGGACCGCGUUGUCUACACCACCAAAGACCCCCGCACCGGGUCCGUGACGGAACUCGAGGUUCCCUCCGGCUUCACCCUGUGGUCGACCGGCAUCGCCAUGUCGCCCUUCACACGCCGAGUCACCGAGAUCCUCCCCAACCAAUCUCACCUCAAAGCGCUGCAGAUCGACUCGCACCUCCGCGUCAAAGGCGCCCCCCUGGGCACAAUGUACGCGCUCGGCGACGCCUCCACCAUCGACACGCGUCUCAUCGACUACCUCUACGACUAUGUCGAUCGCUACGACACCAACAAGGACGGCAAACUCUCCUACUCGGAAUUCGAGACCUUCGCCAAAGCCAUCCGACACAAAUUCCCCAUCGCCUCGAAACACUUUACCAAGUUGCGCGAGAUGUUCAAUGCCUACGAUGUCGAUCACGACGGGCAGCUGAAUCUGAACGAGAUCGCCAAUGUGCUUAUCGAGACGGGGAACAAGAUGACCGCGUUACCUGCUACGGCGCAGGUGGCAGCGCAACAGGGGCACUACUUGGGGGACAAGCUGAACAAGCUCGCGGCGAGACGCGAUGCAGGCCAGGACAUGCACCCGCACACGGCCGAGGACGUGCACGACGUCGACGACGAGGUGGGCAAGCCGUUCCAGUACAGAAACCUGGGCAGUCUGGCGUACAUCGGCAAUGCGGCGGCGUUCGACCUGCCCAUUCCUGGGGGUAGCUUUGCAGGGGGGUUGAUUGCGAUUUUCGACCUCGUUCGUGUCCAAUACCAUCAUCAUCGUCCAUCGCCCUACAUCGCUAGCUGGCUGGCGAAGCACGACUCUAUAUUCAAGAUGGAUCCCUCCUCAUCAUCAGCGUCUGCUGGACCGUCCAACCUGAAAACACCUCAGAUGGAUCAAUCGGAAUUCGCAUCCUUCUCCACUCCAACAACCUCUUCGACCCCUUCGCGACAAGCCUUCCCACGACGUCUCAGCUUGCUUCAGAACGACUCCUCUUCUUCUCCCGCCAAACCCGCUUCCAAACCACUCACCGAGACUCCACGCAGAAGCAAACGUUCCAGCAUCUCGUACAUAUCCUCCCCCGCCGUCGCACCUGCCGAAGAAUCAUCCCUCAGUCGAGCCCCUUCCACUUCGUCAACCUCGAGUCGAACGCGUACAGGCUCCAUCAGUCGUGCCACCGCUUCCUCCUCGCGUCGCAUCCCCUCCUCCACCACCACAAUCAGCGAUGCCGGCGCCGACGAUUGGCUCAUGAACGACGAAGACACUCCCUCCACCUCCAUGGCACAAAGAGAUUCGGCGAAAGUAGAAGCGCUGUUCAACGACACGGGCUACCGAGAGGGCAUCACAGCGGGGAAGCUGAGCACGCUCCAAGCAGGCUUCGAUCAGGGGUUCAACGAGGUAGGUGCUCCCGUGGGCGAGCGGCUUGGUCUGUUGAAGGGUCAGGUUGCUGCGCUUUUACUCCUCACCUCUUCCACUGCCAAUGUCGCUGCGAAAAGGGGAGUCGGAAGGAAAAACGGUGCGAGUUUGCCCGGUUUGUCAGAGGAGGGGAAGGUGGAAGAGGCGAGGCUCGAGUUGAAGCAUUUGGCCGAGACGUUGGAUGCGGUGCGGUUGGAGGAUUUGGCGGAACCGGAUUACGAAGCCAAGGAGCACGAGAGGGAGCAUCAGGAUGGCGGCGAGGUGAGCAGGGAGACGCCGGAGGAGAAGUCUACCAACCGUUCCUCCGACGCCUCCUCCUCACAGAACCUUCUCCGCCUCAUAGCCGCCCAAGAACGACGCUGCUUCGAAUUGCGCGAAGAACUCGCCUCAUCCGAAUCCACCCUCCAACAACUGCGGUCAGCAUGGCAGCGUCUCGCCUCGCACGAACUCACCCCCACCGCCACGCAACACCGUCGCGCGGACUCGACCACCUCGAGCAGCACCACCAGCGACGUUGCCGUGGAAGCGUGGAACUCGAUCUCGUCCAAACUACCGGGAAGUCUCAAGCAGCAGUUGGGGAUGUUCUUGGAGAGUAUAUCGACGGAGAAGGAGAAGGAGAGAGGAGUUGGGGCGGUGAAGGUGGAUGGGGGGAUGUUGAGACCGGGUGGUGUGGGAAGCGGAGGGUUGAGUGUGCUGGAGGAAGAAGGGUCUGAUGUGGGGAGCGUCGCUUCUCCUCGCUCGCCGCGCGCAGAGACUAGCCCGAAUACCACCAUCACCGCCAAACCGAAAAAUCCUCAAGACGAGAGCGAUCUGCUCGGCUUCCACGUCGACUCCAACGGCAUCGCUCACCCCACACCGCCACCACCAACGUCGACCUCCCGGGCGUCUGAGGACGAGGCAGGCGGGUCGACGUUCGCGAGCAUUUUCGCCAAACGUCUCAAGGAAGCCCGCACCAACGCAUCCGACCUCCUCCGAGAAGCAGAGCGCAAAUUGGGCAAUGCAAUGACCAUCGACGACUUUCUCUCCCUCUCCUCUCCCCCUCCACCUCCCUCACAACCGAAGAUCACACUGCAACACGCUUCGUCGACAGAUACACACCCGGCAAAAGGUGGCAAUUCGUGGGUGGAAGCCGCACGUGGUUCGAGAUCACCGAGUCUUCAUCCAAGGAGGUCCGGGGAAGAAGUGGAAGGGAGGCUGAGCAUCUCGUCGACGAGUUCGAGGGGUUCGAAGGGGGAUGGCAAGGCGAUGAGUCCGGUGAUUGGCGGUGUGCCGGGUGCAGUGGGUGUGUGGGGCAUGUUGAUGGGCGGUGGAGAGGGCGGGGGAAAGAGGCAGAGUGGGGAUAGUUGGAGUUGGGGUGCCAAGGAGGAUGACGAAGAUGGAUGGGAUCGAAGUUGA